AUGACUUAAAAUGAUAAAAAAUUGUUAAAAAUCUUUAAAAAAUCUUAAAUUUAAAUUAAAAUUGUUGAAAAUUUACCCAAAAUACUGCGAAAAAUGAUGAACACAACAUCAUCCAAACGUUCUUUGAUCGAUGACAGCAAACGUAAACAACCCGAGAAACCCGAGCAAAAACAGCCCUCAGAUCGUUCCCUUCGCAUUCUCUCCGGAAAUGUCGAGUUCGCGCUUCGUUGUGCCAAAAUGUUGCCUUCCACGAGUUCAAUUUUGCUGGAAAUUUUCGGAACAGUCAUCAGUGUUCGUCCUGGCGGCAGAAGUGAGAUGAUAAUUUUGCUGCGGAACGAUGGAGGACCCAUUCUUCGGUUGUCGUACCACGAAGUGCAGUUUCCCCUGCCAAGCGGAUUGAAGGAUGUGCGAUGCAUUUGUCGGAUUAACUCUGAUGGCGGAUUUCAGGCGUUCAAAUUGGUGCCAACGGAGUUCUGUUACGAGUACAUUCAACGGUUGCAGGCCAUUUCUGUGCAUUUUUUGAAGAAAUUCGUUGAGACACCUGCUUUGUUGGAGUGAAUUUGUUAGAAAUUUUUCAGUAAAAAAUAAUUUUUGUUAAAAUUUGGCAAAAAAUUUGUUCAAAAAAAAUUUAAAUCCUUAU